UUCUAAGAUUGGUUCAUCUUAUCGUGGUCACAUGGCAGGGUCGGGUUUAGGAUAGGUUAAUAACAGCACCUGCAUUUCGUUGUUCUUGUUACAGUUCUGAUGCAAGUUACGUCAGGAUGAUUUGCCUUUUUGUGCUGACUUUCGCUUAUGGUGCUCUAAGCGCCCCGACAACUGCGCCGAACGUUAACGUGACGAUAGGUCUCACGCAAGCCUUCGGCAGAAUCGAUAGUGAUGGAAGCGGCACUGCUGAUGUUUCAGAAUUUCUGAAAGUUUUUGACAAGUAUGAUCUCAACGAUGAUGGCAAGAUGUCAAAGGCGGAGUACAUAGCUAGUACUAACGCGCCGAAAUCCUUUGCUGAAGCAGUUUUCAAUAGUAUUGACUCCGACCACGACGGUUUCAUCCUGAGGACCGAUGUAAAGAACGUCAUCCCCGCGUUCGACACCGACGGUGAUGGCGCCGUCAGCCUCGCGGAAUUCGUCACCAGGUACAAGCAGAUUUUCGCCGCGCUGCAGACCAGCCCGAUUGGUAAAUAAAAACUAGGAAUAUCA